AUGCUAGGUAACCAAAACAGCUGGCGGCCCCAAUGGACCGACACCAAUAUUAAACCUUUGAAUGUCAUGAGGGCUGCUCACGAGCCCUAUGCCUGGCCGGAGGAGCAAGUGCUCGUCAACCGCCAAGACAUCAUGAGCACCAAGGAUGCCUGGGACAUCCAGGAGUUCAUCACUCGCAUGUAUGUCAAGCAGCUGCUUCGACACCCGGCCUUCCAGCUGCUUCUGGCCUUGCUGCUGGUGGUCAACGCCAUCACCAUUGCUCUGCGCACCAACUCCUUCCUUGGCCAGAAACACUAUGAGUUGUUCUCUACCAUAGAUGACAUAGUGCUGACCAUCCUUAUCUGUGAGGUUCUCCUCGGCUGGUUAAAUGGCUUCUGGAUUUUCUGGAAGGACGGCUGGAACAUCCUCAACUUCCUUAUCAUCUUUAUCUUGCUCCUGGGGUUCUUCAUUAAUGAACUCAAUGUCAACGCUAUCACCUAUACCCUCAGGGCGCUUCGUCUGGUGCAUGUCUGCAUGGCGGUGGAGCCUCUGGCCCGGAUCAUCCGUGUCAUCCUGCAGUCGGUACCCGACAUGGCCAAUAUCAUGACCCUCAUCCUUUUCUUCAUGCUGGUGUUUUCCGUGUUUGGGGUCACUCUGUUUGGUGCAUUUGUGCCCAUGCAUUUCCAGAACAUGCAGGUUGCCCUGUAUACUCUCUUCAUCUGCAUCACCCAAGAUGGCUGGGUGGACAUCUAUAAUGACUUUCAGAUGGAGACAAGAGAGUACGCAAUGGAGAUUGGGGGCGCCAUCUACUUUGCCAUCUUCAUCACCAUCGGUGCCUUCAUUGGCAUCAACCUGUUGGUCGUUGUGGUGACCACCAAUCUGGAGCAAAUGAUAAAGGCAGGAGAGCAGGGGCAACUGCAUCAGAUAAACUUCAGUGAGAGAGGCAAGCAGGACCUGGAUGGAGGUAACGAGCUGCCCCUGGUGCACUGUGUGGUCGCCCGUUUGGAGAUGUCCGGUGCCCCGCAGGAGCCGCUGUCGGGAGGCCACCUGUCUAACCUCUCAGAAAACACCUGUGACAACUUUUGUUUAGUGCUGGAGGCAAUACAGGAGAACUUGAUGCAGUACAAGAAGAUCCGAGAUGAGCUCAACACGAUAGUGGAGGAGGUCCGCUCCAUCCGCUUCAACCAGGAGCAGGAGGAGGAGCUGAUGCAGAAGCACUUGUCACUGAGCCUGUCGGUGGUGAGCGGGUCCUCCCUGGACAUCCGCGACAUGACUUGCCAGCAAGACUUGAUCACAGUGCUCAUCAACAGGGAAAAGGUUCAGGAAUCCAACACAAACAUACUCCUUAACAAACACAAGACCAGCCGCUGAGAGGCAGGAUGGGAGCCAAGAGGCCUGAGCACACACACCCGCCUGCAUCUUCCUGCAUCUCUCCGUGACUUGGCACAGUCUGGCCUGAGCCCAUCUUCUCCCUUACACUUAGGCAGAUGCCUGGGGCUGUGAAGGAGGUGGCAUCUCCAGGGCUUGUGUCUGAGCGUCAGGUCCAGAGGAAUUCAGAUGGACAAGGAUGCUGGUUUAGAGAGGGAGCCCCGCAGCAAAGAAUGAGUACAGAAGGGGGGUGCUAGCCAAGGCAGCCAGGAUUUGUCCUAAGGAUGGACUUCCCUGGCCCCCUGCUUUAGGCCAGAGCUAGUUGGGGCCCAAGUGCACCAGGAGGAGAAAGGUGAGGCCAGUGGGGCCAGGCAUCUAUGUAUUGACAAUAAAGUUUUGUGUUGGGAUCAA